UGUAUCCAUGCCGGAUUUGGACGGUCUCCUUCACUAUUUGUCUGCUUCACUCGUGGUCAGGCUGUCUUUGUGCCUCGCGGACACUUUCCUUGUGACUCUUUUCGUCCGUCUCUGUAUCUCUCCGUCUGCCUGGGCCCAGAUUUGUGCAUUCCCAAUUGGGCCGCUGCCACCCGCGCCUCUUUAUCGGUGCUACCAGCGCCUGAAUAUGUAGCGCUUACAGACUCGAUCGACUGCAUUCGCCUUGGCGACUCGGUCAGAUGUGAUCGUCUCCCUCGACCGGAUCGCGGCUCUCCACCCAACGGGCGCACUGAGGCCGCCAGUAAACAAAACGACACUACCAGCCAGACACAGCGACCGACCCAGCCGUGGCCGUGUUUCUUGUGCAUGUCAUCAUCACACCGACACGUCAUGUGCCGAGUGUGA